CAAAUUUGAGAGAGAAGAAGAAGAAAUGGCGGAGAGUUCUGUGAGCUUCUUAAUGCAAUACUUGGGGCCUUUGCUGGUGGAUGAAGCGAAUUCGUUGAAGGGGGUCGACGGAGAAGUCCGUGAACUCAGAAAUGAGUUAGAAAGCAUCAGAUCCUUUUUAAGGGAUGCCGAUUCAAGACAAGAUACCGAUGAAGGCCUCAAGACAUGGGUAAAACAAGUAAGAGAAGUUGCUUACGACAUUGAAGAUGUUCUCGAUGAGUUCAUGCUUGCCCAAGCACAAGAGCAGAACGGUGCCCAUGGAUGCAUCGAUUUUCUUCAUACACUCAUCAAGCAGUUUAUGGUGCGCCAUCAAACUGCAUCCUCAAUACGAGAUAUCAAAACCCGAAUUCGUACAAUUACGGAGAGAAAAGAUGCAUACGCUCUCAAUAGGACACAGCAAAGUUCAAGCUCCAACAGCAUUAAUGAGCCAUGGUAUGAUCGUCGACUGGAUGCUCUUUUCAUUGAGGAAGCUGAACUUGUGGGAAUUGAAAAGCCUAGGAACCGUUUGAUGAAAUGGUUAGUCAAAGGAGAUUCGAAACUCACGAAGAUUUCAGUGGUCGGGAUGGGUGGCCUUGGCAAGACCACUCUGGUAAAGAAAGUAUAUGAUGACCAAAAGGUGAAGAAACAUUUCGACACAUGUGCUUGGAUCACUGUAUCGCAAUCGUUCAAAGGGGAGGAUCUACUCAGAAGCAUGAUAAAGCAAUUCUCCGAGGCAAAGGAAGAUCCGUCUCCCCAAGGAUUAGAUACGAUGACAAAGUUCGAGCUAAUUCAAGUGGUACAGGACUACUUGAAGAACAAAAGGUAUUUACUUGUUCUUGAUGAUGUAUGGAGUGAACAUGUAUGGAAUUUCUUAAGAAAUGCAUUGCGCGCUAGUGAAUGUGGUAGCAGGGUAAUGAUCACCACACGCAAAGGUGAUGUCGCAUCAUCUUCUUGCGUCGGACCCUCUGAUCACAUCUACCAUCUUCGAGCUCUAAGUCGAAGAAACGCUUGGUCCCUCUUUUGCAAGAAGGCAUUCCACUCGCAUGAGAAGAAUAGUUGCCCUCCUGAAUUGGAGGAACUCUCUCAAAGCUUUGUCAAUAAAUGCCAGGGAUUACCGCUUGCAAUUGUCGCAUUAGGUAGUCUUUUGUCGAUCAAGAACCAGACAUAUGUUGAGUGGGAGAUGAUUCACCGUAGCCUUGGAUCAGAGCUUGAAAGCGAUGACAAUCUUAGAAGCAUGAUGAAAAUAUUAUCUCUCAGUUUCAAUGACUUGCCUUACUAUCUCAAAUCAUGCUUCUUGUAUAUGAGUGUUUUCCCUGAAGAUUAUGCCAUUAGGCGUAUGAAACUAAUUCGGCUAUGGAUAGCCGAGGGUUUUAUAGAAAGACGUGAAAGCAGGUCAAUGGAAGAGGUUGCUGAAGGUUAUCUCAAUGCGCUCAUCACUAGAAAUCUCAUUCUAGUGGUAGAACAGAGUCCUGGGGGGCAGCUGAGGACAUGUCGCCUCCAUGAUAUCGUGCGGGAAUUUGUUAUUUCAAAAUCCAGGGAGGAGCAUUUCUUUGCAUCUUCUGUUGAAGAGAAGACGACUUUGUGUAACAGAAUCCGGCAUCUGUCCAUUUACAGUGGUGAGAAUUUUCUAAAAUAUGAUACCUUCUCCCAUCUUCGCUCUUUGUUCAUUUUUAAGAUGGGCGGACUAUGUACCACCUCUGCAAUCACAUCGUUUGCCAGCUUAAGGUUGUUGAAGGUGGUGGAUCUUGAAAAUGCAUCCAUGGAAAUCUUUCCUGAUGAUCUGACAAGCUUGUUGCAUUUGAGAUACCUAAGCUUGCAGAAUACAAAGAUCAAGAAGCUUCCAAGUUCGUUGGGGAAGCUACAGAACUUAGAAACAUUGGAUCUUAGGGGCACCUUCGUAUGUGAAUUGCCAGCUGAGAUUCUCAAGCUUGGGGGCCUCCGCCACCUUUUGGGAUAUCACCGUAACAGAGAUGGGGCUUACUGGUCAUUUAAUCCUAUAGAUGGAAUUAAGGUGCCUGCUGGAAUGGGGAGUAUGAGAUCCCUACAGACGUUGGCAAGUAUGGAGGCAGGGAGUGGCAUCAUUAGAGAGCUGGGGAAUCUCACCCAACUGAGGACGUUACACAUUAUCAAGCUAAGAGUGGAAGAUGGGAAUGAUUUAUGCAGUUCCAUUGAGAAAAUGAUUCACCUUCACACCUUUGAUGUGACAUCAAUGGAUGAAGAGGUGGUUCUCGACCUGCAUUCUUUAUCGCAUCCUCCGCUACCUCUUCAACGUCUAUACUUGAAAGGGCGUUUGGAGAAGUUACCUGAAUGGAUUGCCCCGCUUCAUAAUCUGGUAAGCGUUCGCCUGAUGUGGUCUGGAUUGAGGGAUGACCCACUCAAAGCCCUUCAAUCACUGCCCAAUUUGGUUGGACUCGAGCUAAGGCGAGCUUAUGAUGGGGAAGAGUUAUGUUGCCAGGGCAGAGGAUAUCCAAGUCUCAAGGAAUUAUUUCUCUUUGAGUUGAGGGGAUUGAAGAAGGUGAGGGUGGAGAAGGGAGCAAUGUUUAGCCUUAAAACGCUAAAGAUUAGACGUUGUGAAGAAUUAGUGGAGGUGCCGUUGGGGAUCGAACACCUCAAUAAUCUCAAAGAAUUCCGCCUGCGGGAUAUGUCGGAGGCUUUCUUGAAGGGGCUAAGAAAGGAUGGAGUCGAACAGUUAGUGGAUUCCAUUCAGCACAUCCCACUCAUACGAUGUAUCGACAGUCAAGAACGGACUAGUCAAGACUUCUCACGAUUUAGGAGAGAACACCGAGAAGGUUAAAGCAGUUAUCAGGAACUGAAAACGAAGAACGUAAUUGGUAGUGGGCAUCAAGAGCUGGGGCUAUAUCUUUUUGACUCUCAUACUCGCUCUCAAGUUACUAGUUUUUUUUUUUUUUUUUCAAGUGUGAAUAGAGAGCUCUGUAAGUAGCAUUGUCACUUUAGAUACUGUUAUUUACUUCUAUUAGUUGUAAUUCAUUGUAUGUGAUAUUUGUAAGCUCUCAAAGCAUCGUAGAAGGUUUUUUUUUUUUGGUAGAGGGUAUGUGGAUAUGGAUAACUUGAACAAUGCUUACCUUUCCAUCUCAUGUUUUUCUUGUUGUAAUUGAGAAAUCUACGGGUAUCUUCUUCUU